AUGGAUAAUUGUUUUUCUUCGAAAUUGAAUGUUCGAGGUUAUGGAUUUUUGACAUACUAUAGUGAUAUAUAUUUCCAAAAAAUUAUACAAAAUAUAAAAAAGAAAACUACUGAGGUAAAUAAGAGUGACAAAGAAGCAUUUAGAAAUGUAUGUAGAAAUUUGAGUAAAUAUCUAAUUGAAAAUAAGUCUCCUCCAUCAUAUUAUAGCCGUUUUAAAGAUACAUGGGAAGGGGCAUUAAAAAAGUGGGUACAAUCUUACUAUGAAAAGAUUAAUAUACAUAAAGAAUGUCCUGUUGUUCUGGAAGAAAAUGAUAUGAAAAUUUUAGAAUUAAAAUAUGAUGAAGAAGAUUUUUGUGAAAAAAGAAAUACAUAUCUUAAUGAAAUAAGACAGUUAAAACCUGGAACCAUAAAGACGUGUAAUGAGGAGUAUUUAAAGAAAUGUAACGAAUAUAACAAUUGGAUUAAUGGGAGAAAUAUUUAUUUUCAGGAAAAAGUAAGCCUCAUUAAAGGUUGUUACAGAAAAGAACGAAUUAUGGGCAAAAAAAGAAAAAAACAAGAAUCAUUAUGCAACAUACUCGAAGAAGAAACCUUUAGAACAUCAUUAGAUUGCUUACUCAUUGAUCAAAAUCCAACUUGCAAAAACUUACAAGAAAAAAAAAAGUAAGAUUUACAAGAAGUAGAUCAAAAAACAGUUGAAAAACCAUCUAAAACUGAAACUCCAACGGAACAAGCCGUUCAAAAAUUACAAAAUGGAGAAACUAAUAAUUCACAGAUAUCUCUAACCCCAGAGAAUUUAUCUCAUGAGCAUCAACCUCAAACUCAAUUUCAGUCGGAAACGGAAGCUCCAAAUCUUCAAGAUAAAAGUGAAGAAUCUGAAGCUAUGCAAACUAAUCAAGGUCCAAAAGAAGUAACAAAAACAAGAGCUAAUCAUGAUGAUGCAGUAUUACCAGGACCUAUCUCACCAAAUAUUUCAGAUUCUGCUAUGUCACUAGAAAAUCAAUCUCCUGAAAGUCAUGCAUUAAAAGCUGAAUCCUCAAUUCCUUUCGCACGUUCAGCCAAUUCUGCUAAAACUCCUAAAAUUUCAGGGUUGUUUAAAAAAAAAAAAAAGAUAAAAAAAAGACCUGUGAAAUUUCUAAGAAUAUUAAAUCCUUUACUUUCUUGGAAAAAAAGUGAGUUCAUAGCACAUGAUCAUUUAGAAAACUUAAAAUACGAUAGCGAAAAAACCAUUAAAAAUAUAAUAAUAAUUGAACAUAACAUGAAUAAUAAAGUACACGUGUCAAACCGAAAAAAGGAUAGUUACAAAACCAUCAUAGAAGUACAUAUGGAAGUACUCGAAGAAUACAGAAAUACAAAAUGGGAAUACAAAAAAGGAGAAUUUUUAGAAAUAUGCCUAGAAAUGUUAGCAAAAGAAGAAUAUACAGUAUAUACUAAUUUGACCAAUGACGAACUAAUAAUUGAAGAUGUUAAAACUGUCAGUUACAAAGAAAAACAAAAAAUAAUAUGGAAUAAAUGGAUAGAAAGACAUAGAAAUCUUUCUGAAAAAUUGAAAAAAGUACAUUGUUUUAAUAAUUUAAAAAAUGAUUGGAAAAGGGAACUAGCUAACUUAAAAAAAAGAGAAGAAUUAAAAAAUGAUCCUUCUGAUGAAAUUCAAAAUGUUCCAUUUUCAGAAAAAGAAAAAGAUAUAUGGAGACAGUGGAUAUCGGAGAAGUGUAUAAUUAUUAAGCAAUAUAUUGAACAGGACUUAUUUAACUAUUUAACUGAUGAACUCCAGAUUAUACCAGAUUAUUAUGAUAAUGAAAAAAUUAAAGAUUCUUUGCCAUUAAUUAAUAUAGGAGAAUUAUCGAACAAAGAAGACUGCCAAGAAUUAUAUAAAUAUAUAAAAAAAAAAUUAUUAACAAAACUAUGUAUACUCGUUCUUAUGUCAGUAUUAGAAGAAUGCAAAAAAGAGCAGGACAUUGAAAAUAAUGAAUCACAUUUGGAUAAUAACAUAAUUGAAACUAAGGAAAAAGAAAAUUCAGACAGUAAAAAAGAAUUUAUAGAAAACAUAAGUGAAUUUAAUCGAUAUUUUUUGGAAAAUACGGAAAAUAUUGAUUAUAAAACGGACGAUAUCUUUAAAAAAGAGUUAGAAAAUUGGAUAAUAGAAGAUAAUACAAAUGUAAAUUCUAUGAAAAAGGAGAAUACUGCAGACAAAUACUACUGA